UUAGGUUUCAAUGUGGCGGAUGAUAUGCCUUGGGUCCUGACAAAACUUCGGGAAACCGGACGCGUCCUUGUGUGCCAGUCAGAGGAAGGUUACUAUAGCUACAUAUGCUUCUCCUGAUGGCAGUAGAUAGCGUUGUUACGAUGCUUUCCAGGUGUCGUGAAUGUAUACGGAACGCAUGCAACAAACCGCCUUGGAUAUAAACUGUACACCUUCUUGAUAACAAACGGGAUGGGAAACGGGCGCUCAACUAUGUAUGCAUUCGUGGAGAGCGAGCAGUUUGCUCCCAUGCGUAAACUGUUCGGCUUAUUCAAAGAAAUGUUAGGUGAAGCUUAUCCGGUUAAGACCUUCGUAAUGGAUAAGUUGGCGGCGCAAAAGCGUGCAACAAGAGUCGUGUUCGUCUGUGACGUGAUGCUAUGCUACAUUCAUGUCCGCAAAGCCAUUAGGAAACAUACACAUAUAGCGAACAGCCGGCACAUAUUUCACCACAUGGCUUGCCUGGACAACGCUAUGCAGGUCCCACACGGUCCGCUGCUCCAAAAUCUCGAGUCUCACGGGAUUCAAGGGAAACUCUUUCACUGGAUCAAGGCGUUCCUAUCAGACAAAUCAUUCCGAGUGAGAACAGGUUCCACUUACUCUUCUCCAGCGCCGGGCUUCAUUGGAGUUCAAGAAUGCUCCGUCCUGGGUCCACUGCUGUUUCUGAUCUAUGCCAGCGACCUUCCAGAUGUUCUUGCAAGUCCAUGUCUACUUUUUGCGGACUACUUGAAAUCCUGGAGUUUCAAUGCCAGUGCCCUCCAAAUGGAUGUAAACGCUGCCAAGCAGUGGCUGUUGAACCGUCACCUUCCUCUGAGUGACGAAAAGUGCGUCCAUAUGUCAUUUGAAGGAGGCUCAGCGAAUGCCUGUGUUAUGCAUGGUGAGAAAAAAGCAGAAAACAUCAUGAGGAUUGAUACCAAAUGGUAUUUGGGCAUCUGGGUCCCCUCAAACGUACCCUUCUCACUGCACCAUGAAAAAUCGGCCCAAAAGGCAUUGACCAUUCUACGGAUGAUCCGACGCACCUUCUCCCGUAUUACUCGCAUGGACAUCCAGAUACUCUAUGGGGCCUACGUCAGACCGCUCCUGGAAUACGCCAACCGAUUUGUCUACACAGGACGCAAGAAAAACCUCACCCUCAUUGGGCGUGUCCAGCGAGCCGCUACGAAAAUGGUUGGCGGCCUCGAAUCCGUGGUAUACCAUACCCGCCUCGCGAUGAUUGAUCUCUUUUCCAUGGAGUAUCGUCGCCUCCGAGGGGACCUAAUUCUCACUUAUGCCCUGUUUGAACAAAGCUUGGCCAACAGGUUCCAUUUGAAGGUCACGCGUCGGGCGGUACAAUCGGGCGUUUCGCGCACGUGUGAUGUCAAAGAAGAAAAUCAGUGCGUCCCCCAUUGUUUUACAUUUUAUACCAUAGAAACUAAAAGCAAGAGAGUGACUUGUCACAAGCGAUACAAAAUUCUGAGGAAGUCGAAUGAAGUCCGUGUAUUCAACUUGAUGAAUGCUGGUAAGCCGAAUGAAGGCACGGCUCCAAAAGAGCGGCAUUUUUCUUCGUCGCUGUACAGAGAGACUGAAAAUUUGAUCAAUGAAUGUGAUGUAAUACUUGAAGUCCUGGAUGCACGCGACCCGCUUGGUACACGAGAGCUAGAAAUUGAAGGAAAAGUAAAUGCUGCCAAAAAGCGCCUAGUUCUCCUGCUAAACAAAAUUGAUCUUAUACCGAGGGCUAACCUCCAGCUCUGGUUGAACUACCUGCGACAAUGGUUCACUGUACUCCCUUUCAAAGCAAAUACGCAAAAGCAAUCCAAUAAUCUUUCACACGGGAAUAUUCCAUGGAACAUCGAUGUUUCAAUGAAAUCAAAAGAGCAAUCUUCGAAGGGUAUGGGUGUUGAUGAAUUAAUGUCGCUGUUGGCUAAUUAUUCCCGAACCUCUCGGGAUUCGAAGGAAAAUACCCGAAUGCCAAUCACGGUCGGUGUCAUUGGAUUACCCAACACUGGAAAAAGCGCAAUCAUCAAUACCUUGAAGCGGCAGAAGGUCUGCAUGAGUAGCAAUGUCCCAGGUUUGACUCGCCAGUGUCAGCGUGUCAAACUGGACAAGAACAUAUUUCUCAUCGAUUCUCCUGGUAUCGUCACCUGCAAGUCUUCAGACACCGCCGAAUUGGUGCUUAAAAAUUGUUUGAAGCCCGAAAGCCUGCCCGAUCCUGUACCUGCAGUCGAAGCUAUACUCAGACGAUGUUCUAAACACCAGAUGAUGUCGAAGUACAACCUGGGUGACUAUGCAGACACCACGGCCUUUCUAGUUCAACUAGCCCAUCGUCUUGGACGGCUAAAGAAGGGCGGUGUACCAAAUACCACCAUGGCAGCUCGUGCCGUUAUCAGUGACUGGAUAACUGGCAAGCUCACCUAUUGCACUCAACCCCCCGAAUGUCCCUCUGGUACCUCUGAAAUGGAUGAAGACAUCGGUUCGUCGGAAAACUUUGGGAAUGAUCUACCUACUGAUAUCACGCUCGACUGAAGUGUAUCUCAUUCAUUGUUUUGUAAAUAAA